AUGAAGGAUGUUGAAGGAAGGGAAUUUGCUGAGGCCCUGCAAUCUGGGAACACACUUCUUGUUGAAGGCCACAGUGGCCACCGGCUGCGUUUAUAUUAUGAUUCCUUGUCGUCUGUGGCUGCAAAGGCUGGUAGUGGUGGUGAACGCGCUCCCGUGCCUCUGCUCAUCUCGUCGUUGAAAUGUCUGUCUAAUUAUUUGCGAAAAUUGGAUUUUUCACGACGGUAUGUUUUUUUUGUGAACAGAGAUCUAUGCGUUCCUUGCGAAGUGAGGCACGUGCUCUGCCAACACUAUGGUGCGGCGGCCAGGCUUCAAACACUGUCGCUACGUCAACUUCAUCACAGCUGCGGGGAGACACUAAAAUUACUUGAGGCGUUGGAGCAAAAGUGUGUGGCAAAGUUGGCAGCGGUGAAUUUCCGCUACAGCCUUGCGGAUGUUAGCCGCCAUCCACUUAUCAUUCCAGAGGAAUACGGAAUGUCAGGGUUUGCGUCGCGUUCACAAAACUCGACAGACGCCACGUUGAGCACUGGGUUGGUGGAUGUGCACUCCUAUUGCUCAAAAUGGAUGCCAGAUUUAGAUAAAAACUUAUGGACAGACACGUUUGUCUUUGAGCGUACAUGGCCUUCAGAUCCGUGCGGUGAUUUUCUUCCAAUUUUUCGUGGUGUCGUCGAGGCUCUUAUAAAUAGGGAGGUUGUUCUCAUAGACGUGAGUGACCCUCGAGAAAGUGUGGAGCGUGUAGCCCUUUGUGUGGCUCUCUCUUCACGAGAGAAACACCGUGCUAAGGAAUUUGUGGAGCGAAUUGUCACAGGCUCAAGGGGCAUGGGAUGGGCUCUUGUUGCCCAGAUUGCAACACCAUCUUCAUUUGAUAUGCCUCAGCGCAGGAUUUAUUUGUGGUGUGGUGCGCGUGUUGUUUUUAAGGACGGACGCAUGGGGACCGUCAAGGGCUUUGAUAAAACUUCAUUGUGUCGCAGUGGGAAGGCGGAGUGGCCUUUUGUCAUGCUUGACGGUGGGAGUGCCAGUACUGUUGUUUUACCCUCUAUUACUUUUCUUCAGAGACCUUUGAAUUUGCGUGUGUCUGAACUGCCACUCCGUUAUGGCGACACCAUGACGGUGGAGGAGCUUUUUUUGACCCCCCGCGUUUCACUUGGGAAACGUUUUUUUGUUCUUCGACCCAGUCUUUUUGUUGGUCGUCUUUCACAUCUUCGAUGCGCAUUUGCGUCGCUGCCAUCCCUUUCAUGUUUGGCUUUGACCGGUCCAUUACCGUGGAAACUACUGGUGACCGCUGAAAACUCGUAA